AUGGGCAAAACAAUCUACAGUAGUGUUAAGAAAUAUACGUACGGUAGUCCGCACCACUCAAGAUCGCAGUCGGUGAAGGCAGGGAGAUCCAGGACGGGGGAGAGGCAGCUCCUCGGGUUACCCCAGCAGCGAGCCAGGGUCGCCUCCAUGCCCAACACUGGGGUAGAGGAGGAGUACUACAGACUGAGGCACUUCAGUAUUACAGGCAAAGGUGUGGUGAACAGAGGGGACUCCUUAAGGUCAAGGCGGUCCAGGUCAAACACUUCUGUCGCAUCCAGUGCCUCGAGCACGGAGGCUGUGACUAGAGCGUCGGCGCCCUGCUCACUGGCAUCGUCCAGACGAAAGACAGACAGACAAGACAAGUAGAGUGACAUUGUCAAUAAAAACAUUCAAAAAUAGAAAGGUUGACAGAGCUGUUCUGUUAGAUACACCCUGUAGAUUUAACAUUUUCGCCGAGUGAAAAUAAGUCCAUAAGCUUGUCCUGCCAAAAUGGCAAAAACUGAUUCGGAGUUAAACCUUUUAUGACUUCUGCACCUUAAAGGUCCACGCUUUACAUACAAUUUUUAGACAUUUUUUUUUAGACCCUAACCCACCUGAAGUUAACACCAACCACCUUGCCGGCCUGCAAAAUUGCUUCUUCAUGCCUCUCUUAAAAGACCCCAGAUUGUAGGAAGAAGGGGACCACGUGCAAGAAUUCCUCUUACGAAUAGUACGACAAAGAAAUGAGUCACCAAAUUUCUUUGUUCCUGUAGGAAUAGUGGCCUCAGUAAGUCGGUGGCAACGUAGGCCAGCGCACGUGGUCCUCUGAAGAAAAGGUGAUGGAGGGAUCAUCAUCAUCAUCAUCAUCAGCCUAUUAAUGUCCCCACUGCUGGGGCACAGGCCUUCCCUAUGGAUGGAAUAGGGAGAUAGGGCCAUGACCCACCACGCGGGCCCAAUGCGGAUUGGCGGGUGCUAACGACUGCAGAUGCAGCCGGGACCAACGGCUUAACGUGCCUUCCGAAGCACGGAGGAACUCGAGAUAGAAGAUUUUUGGUCACCCAUCCAUUGACCGACCACUGCGAAGUUGCUUAAAUUCAACGAUCGCAGCCGAACGCGCUAACCACUUGCGCCAUCGAGCUCCUCUCUCCUCUGAUGGAGGGAUAACGGAGAAUAACUCCUAACUGCCGGCGAGGAAGCGACUAACUAUCGGCUAUUUUCAC